UUCAUUCCAUAAAACUACACUUCUCUAACACCCUUCAACCGUUCAACGGCUCGCUUUUAUUUUUUCCACUCGGAGCUUCGCUCUGUGAGAAAGAAACAGAGAGACAAAGCGCAUGACUCGUUUUCAAACGGAAAUCUGGAGCAGAAGAAGAACGAUGGAGAUUUUUCUAGGGUUUUUCUUCUCGGUUUCCUUGUUUCAGAUCUUAUUUACACUAUCUAUAGUCACUGCAGAGAGGUCUGAUACACGGCUUCUUUUGACUCCUUCUGUCACAUCAGGGGAAAGGCAUUCUGAAGAGUAUUGUGCAAUGUAUGACAUCUGUGGACAACGAGAGGAUGGCAAAUUAUUGAACUGUCCAUACGGUUCCCCUACCGUGAAGCCAGAUGAGUUGCUUUCAUCAAAGAUCCAAAGUUUAUGUCCUACAAUUACUGGAAAUGUUUGUUGUACAGAAGCUCAGUUUAAUACAUUACGGGAACAAGUCCAGCAAGCGAUCCCUUUUCUUGUAGGUUGUCCAGCGUGCUUGAGAAACUUCUUAAAUCUAUUCUGUGAGCUUACCUGCUCUCCAAAUCAGAGUUUAUUUAUCAAUGUGACUGCUAUUUCCAAGGUUAAUAACAAUAUGACUGUGGAUGGGAUUGAUUUUUACGUAACUGACAGUUUUGGUGAAGGGUUAUAUGAUUCUUGCAAGGAUGUAAAGUUUGGUACCAUGAAUUCUCGGGCUAUACAAUUUAUUGGUGCUGGUGCUCAAAAUUUUAAAGAAUGGUUUGCCUUUAUUGGUAGACAGGCUGAACUGCGCGCGCCUGGUUCACCAUAUGCCAUUAAAUUCCUUUCAAAUGCUACUGAGUCAUCUGGAAUGAAACCUAUGAAUGUUUCUAUUUACUCAUGUGGUGAUAUUUCAUUGGGCUGCUCCUGUGGUGAUUGCCCCUCAUCUCCAGUCUGCUCUAAUACAGCUCCUCCUGCUCACCACAAAGCAGGUUCCUGUUCACUGAGAGUUGGGUCUCUAAAGGCCAAAUGUAUUGACUUUGCUUUAGCAAUCCUGUAUAUCACAUUGGUUUCUAUGUUUUUAGGAUGGGGUUUGUUUCAUCGGACAAGAGAAAGGAACCCACGUUCUAGAACAAAACCAUUUUUGAAUGUCAACGAUGGUGGUCAACUACAUUCUGUUAACAGGCAAAAGGAUGAAAACCUCCCUAUGCAGAUGCUUGAAGAUCAUCCUCAAAUUAGGAAUGGGGUCCAACUUUCAGUAGUGCAAGGAUACAUGUCAAACUUCUAUAGGAGAUAUGGAACAUGGGUUGCUAGAAAUCCAACCUUAGUUUUGUGUUCAUCAUUGGCAAUGGUUCUUGUGCUUUGUUUGGGUCUAGUCCGUUUCAAGGUGGAAACACGGCCUGAGAAGCUGUGGGUAGGGCCUGGGAGUAAAGCUGCAGAAGAGAAGCAAUUUUUUGACAGCCACCUUGCACCUUUUUACAGAAUCGAACAGCUUAUAUUAGCAACAACUCCAGAUGCUGUGGAUGGCAAAUUACCAAGUAUAGUGACGGAGGACAACAUCAAGUUACUUUUUGAAAUCCAAAAGAAGGUUGAUGGAAUUCGUGCAAAUUAUUUAGGAUCAAUGAUAAGUCUCAAUGAUAUUUGUUUGAAGCCGCUAGACCAGGAUUGUGCCACUCAAAGUGUUCUGCAGUAUUUUAAGAUGGAUCCAGAAAAUUACGAUAAUUAUGGGGGAGUUGAACACCUUAAGUAUUGUUUUGAGCAUUAUUCUUCUGCAGAUAAAUGUAUGAGUGCAUUUAAAGGUCCUCUAGAUCCAAGCACUGCAUUAGGAGGUUUCCCUGGGAACAAUUAUUCUGAGGCUUCUGCAUUCAUAAUAACUUACCCUGUAAACAAUGCUAUUGAUAAAGAAGGGAACGAAACGCAAAAGGCAGUGGCUUGGGAGAAAGCUUUUAUUCAGUUAGUGAAGGAUGAGUUGUUGCCGAUGGUGCAAUCAAAAAAUGUAACAGUUUCUUUUUCAUCGGAAAGCUCCAUUGAGGAAGAAUUAAAAAGAGAAAGUACUGCAGACGCUAUUACUAUUGUGAUAAGCUACCUUGUGAUGUUUGCUUACAUUUCUCUUACUUUGGGUGAUACACCUCGUUUAUCUUCUUUCUAUAUUUCAUCUAAGGUAUUGCUUGGUCUCUGUGGAGUUAUGCUUGUCAUGUUGUCCGUUCUCGCUUCUGUUGGAUUUUUUAGCGCCAUUGGAGUUAAAUCUACACUAAUCAUUAUGGAAGUUAUUCCAUUUCUCGUUCUAGCUGUUGGGGUGGAUAAUAUGUGUAUUCUGGUGCAUGCUGUUAAGCGGCAACCUUUAGAGUUGCCUUUAGAAGGACGGAUAAGCAAUGCACUUGUGGAAGUUGGACCAUCCAUAACACUAGCCAGUCUUUCAGAGGUUUUAGCCUUUGCAGUUGGGAGUUUUAUUCCCAUGCCAGCUUGCCGUGUGUUCUCCAUGUUUGCAGCAUUGGCUGUUCUCCUGGACUUCCUUCUGCAAGUUACUGCUUUUGUUGCUUUGAUUGUUUUUGACUUUCUCCGAGCUGAGGAUAAGAGAGUUGAUUGCUUUCCUUGUGUAAGAGUUUCUUCAUCUUAUGCUGACUCUGAUAAAGGCAUUGAUCACAGAAAACCUGGAAUCCUGGUUCGAUAUAUGAAGGAAGUCCAUGCACCUAUUCUCAGUCUUUGGGGAGUGAAAAUAAUUGUCAUUUCUCUCUUUCUUGGAUGUGCAUUGGCUAGCAUUGCAUUAUGCACUAGGAUUGAACCUGGUUUGGAACAAAAAAUUGUUCUUCCCCGAGACUCCUAUCUUCAGGGGUAUUUUAAUAAUGUUUCAGAGUAUCUCAGAAUUGGACCACCACUCUAUUUUGUUGUGAAGAACUAUAAUUAUAGCUCAGAAUCAAGACAUACAAACCAGUUAUGCUCCAUUAGCCAAUGUGAGUCAGACUCCCUUUUAAAUGAGAUUGCAAGAGCGUCCUUAACACCAGAAUCAAGUUACAUUGCUAUGCCAGCUGCAUCAUGGCUUGAUGAUUUUCUUGUGUGGAUGUCACCAGAAGCAUUUGGGUGCUGUCGGAAGUUCACAAAUGGGAGUUACUGCCCCCCUGAUGAUCAGCCUCCUUGCUGUUCUUCAAAUGAUGUUGCUUGUGGCAUGAAUGGAGUAUGCAAAGACUGUACCACGUGCUUCCGUCACUCAGAUUUGCAGAAUGAUCGUCCAUCUACAGUGCAAUUUAAGGAGAAGCUUCCAUGGUUCCUGGAUGCUCUACCCUCUGCUGAUUGUGCUAAAGGUGGCCAUGGGGCUUACACUACUAGUGUGGAACUAGAAGGAUAUGACAAUGGUAAUAUUCAAGCAUCAUCAUUCCGUACGUAUCAUACCCCCCUAAACAAGCAGGUUGACUAUGUUAAUUCAAUGAGGGCUGCUCGAGAGUUCAGUUCAAAGGUUUCUGAUUCUUUGAAGAUUGAGAUCUUCCCAUAUUCAGUGUUUUAUAUGUUUUUUGAGCAAUACCUUGAUAUAUGGAGGACAGCACUGAUCAACCUUGCCAUAGCAAUUGGUGCAGUGUUUAUUGUUUGUUUAAUUAUCACAAGCAGUUUUUGGAGUUCAGCAAUUAUUUUACUGGUGUUAGCAAUGAUUGUCGUGGAUCUCAUGGGUGUGAUGGCAAUUCUGGAGAUCCAAUUGAAUGCAGUCUCUGUUGUUAACCUUGUUAUGUCAGUGGGCAUUGCUGUUGAAUUUUGUGUGCAUGUGACACAUGCUUUCUCGGUAAGCAGUGGAGAUAAAGACCAACGCACAAAGGAGGCUCUGGGUACAAUGGGGGCAUCUGUCUUCAGUGGAAUCACAUUGACAAAGCUAGUUGGAGUGAUUGUUCUUUGUUUCUCAAGGACAGAAGUUUUUGUGGUUUAUUACUUUAAAAUGUACCUGGCACUGGUGCUUCUUGGUUUCUUGCAUGGACUUGUAUUCUUACCCGUAUUUUUGAGCAUGUUUGGUCCUCCUUCUAGAUGCGUGCUUGUCGAGCAGGGUGAAGAUCAUCCAUCUGCUUCAUAACAGUUAUAGGAAACCAUUUUUUGUUAAUGUCCUCUUUUAUACUGAGAUUGCAUGUAUCAUCAGUGCUAGAAGAUAUUUGAAUAGCUUCCAAAAUGUAGUAUAUAAUUUUCUAGUGAUGAGGAAAAAGAAAAGGGAAAAAAAGGUAAGCAAAAUUUACCCUCCUUUACGUCUCACUUUAGUAAUUUGACACAUAGAAUGAGAAUGUCAAUAACUUUGGUUUGGCUUCUGGUCCAUCAAGGCUGAUAGUAUCUCCUCUGAUGUACAAUUAAGAUGAAAGGAAGAAAUUUUAUUAGUAACAUUGAUGAAAGAAUGAGUUAAAGUUGUUUGAA